CGGCGUGCGUGUCGAGAGGAGCGGGCGAGCUAUGCAAAUGCUGGAUGAGAUCAGCGCGGAGCAACUGGCGCUGCAACUUCGGCGCGGCGCUCUCGCUCGCCAGUUCCCAGCCGGAGAGGCGCGGGGCUCGCCUCUGGCUCGCUGACCGGCGCAACUGGGUCUGUCCCGCGGGAUCUACCACGCCGGGUGGAUUACUGCCUUUCGGAGUUUACGGCUUUCCUCGUUUCCCCGCAGGUGGAUUUAUCGCCGUUUCGUUGGGAGAGGAGAAUCUGGGAAAAGGCAUGAAGACUCAACUGCUGGUGUAACCAGUGAGCCCAGAGAGCAUUAUGGGACCUACAAUGCUUUGCUUGCUGUUCUUGGCUUCUGUUGGUGCAUCGGAGUUGGAAGAACACUUUGAUCCAGCCAAGUGCCGCUAUGCUUUGGGCAUGCAAGACCGUACCAUCACAGACAGUGCCCUCUCAGCCUCCAGCGCAUGGUCUGAUUCAACUGCCGCAAAACACAGCAGGCUAGGGUUGAGUGAGGGGGACGGGGCCUGGUGCCCUGCAGGUCCCGUCUACCCCAACGAUGCCGAGUACCUGGAGAUUGACCUGCGCCAGCUGCACUUCUUGACCUUGGUGGGGACGCAGGGCCGUCAUGCAAGUGGCCACGGCAAGGAGUUUGCUCGCACGUAUCGGCUCCAUUACAGCCGAGAUGGGCACCGCUGGAUGCCCUGGCGUGACCGGUGGGGCAACGAGGUGAUUUCAGGCAAUGAAAAUACAGAGGAUGUGGUAUUGAAAGACCUGGGCCCACCAAUCAUUGCUCGUUAUGUCCGCUUCUACCCACGUGCCGACCGCGUCAUGAGCGUCUGCCUGCGUGUGGAGCUGUACGGCUGUGUCUGGAGAGAUGGUCUUCAGUCUUAUACAGCCCCUGUAGGCCAGAUUAUGCCUCUUGUCCCAGAGCCAGCCUACCUAAACGACUCCACUUACGAUGGGCACAGCGUCAGCAAGUUGCAGUUUGGAGGCCUUGGUCAGUUGACUGAUGGAGUGGUGGGCCUGGAUGAUUUUACCCAGACCAAGGAGUUGCGUGUGUGGCCAGGGUACGACUACGUGGGAUGGAAGAACAGCUCUUUCCCCAAUGGCUUCAUUGAGAUGGAGUUUGAAUUUGAUCGCCUCAGAGCCUUCACAUACAUGAAGGUUCACUGCAACAACAUGCACACCCACGGCGUCACUGUCUUCCGACAAGUGGACUGUCUCUUCAAGCGCAGCCUGGCCACUGCUUGGGAGCCCACCCCCGUCUCCCACCCACUGGCUGUGGAUGUGAGAGACCCCAGCGCCCGCUCCCUCACCGUGCCCCUGGAUGGAAGGCUUGGCUUGUUCGUUCAGUGCCAUUUUCACUUCGCUGGCGAGUGGAUGCUCUUCAGUGAAAUCGCCUUUCUCUCUGACGUUGUGGAUGACCCCUCUCUUUCUGCUGCUAGCCGCCGGCCCCCAGUUGUGGCCCCUCCUCGUUCCUCUGGCCGCGACACUCCCAUCUCCCCAGCCCUGGUUUCCAUCCUGAAUGAGAAAGCUGGUGCCCACUCAAACCUCACACUCCCAGACCAGGAGAACUCAGGGGAACCAAAGUCAAGCCUGCCAAUUGCAAAGGACGACAACAGCAACACCUCCAUUCUGAUAGGAUGCCUGGUGGCCAUCAUUCUACUCCUCUUGGUGGUCAUAUUCCUCAUCCUGUGGCGGCAGUAUUGGCAAAAGAUCUUGGGGAAGGCUCAACGCCGAAUCUCAGAUGACGACCUCACUGUUCGCCUCUCUGCACCCAGCGACACCAUUGUCAUCAACAACACGAUGGGCUCUCACAGGCACUCCAACCGCUAUGAACGCAUCCACUCGGGGGAGACGGAGUACCAGGAGCCCAACAGGGCUCGCAUGAAACUGCCAGACCUGCCCCACAGUUCUGAGAACUCCGCUCUGCUGCUCAGCAACCCGGCUUACCACCUCUUCCUGGCCACUUAUGCCCAGCCCAUGGGAAGGCCUGCUUUCCCGCCACCCAACCGGGUUAAACCCAUCAACACCAAUGCGUGUGGGGCAGACUACAUGGAACCAGAAGCCACAGGCGGCCCACCUGGCUUUCAGAACAGUGUGCCACAUUACGCUGAAGCCGACAUCAUCAAUCUGCAGGGAGUCACCGGCGGAAACACAUACGCGGUGCCGGCUGUCGCGGUGGAUGCCCUCGCCGGCAAGGAUAUGGCGUUGGGGGAGUUUCCCCGGGAGCGGCUCAUUUUCAAGGAGAAGCUGGGAGAAGGGCAGUUUGGGGAGGUUCACUUGUGCGAGGUGGAAAACCCCCAGGACCUGCCAAGUUUGGAGUUCCCAUUUAAUGUGCGCAAGGGGCGCCCUCUGCUGGUCGCAGUGAAGAUUCUACGCUCUGACGCCACUAAGAAUGCCAGGAACGACUUCCUGAAGGAGGUGAAAAUCAUGUCUCGCUUGAAGGACCUCAACAUUGUGAGGCUGCUGGGCGUGUGCGUGAGGGACGACCCCCUGUGCAUGAUCACGGAGUACAUGGAGAACGGUGACCUCAACCAGUUCCUCAGUGGCCACGAGCUGGAAGAUAAGAUGGGCGGGAGCCCCAGUGGGAAGCCAACCAUCAGCUACCCAACUCUGGUCCAUGUAGGGGCCCAGAUCGCCUCAGGAAUGGCCUUUCUUGCUUCCCUCAACUUUGUGCACCGGGACCUGGCUACCCGAAAUUGCCUGGUGGGCGAAGGGUUUACCAUCAAGAUUGCCGACUUUGGCAUGAGUCGGAACCUCUACGCUGGGGAUUAUUACCGCAUCCAGGGGCGGGCAGUGCUGCCUAUCCGCUGGAUGGCCUGGGAGUGCAUCCUCAUGGGUAAAUUCACCACGGCUAGUGACGUCUGGGCCUUUGGGGUCACACUGUGGGAGGUUCUUAUGCUCUGCCAGGAGCAGCCCUACAGCCAACUUACCGAUGAAGCGGUCAUUGAGAACGCUGGCGAGUUCUUCAGGCACCAGGGCAAGCAGGUCUAUCUCUCCCGUCCUCCCGCCUGCCCUUUGGCUGUGUACGAGGUGAUGCUGAGGUGCUGGGCGCAGGACGCCAAGGACCGCCCGUCUUUCCACCACCUGCACCGUUUCCUGGCUGAGGAUGCCCUCAAUAUGGUGUGAACCAGGCUGCUAGUGGGCAGUGGAGACGACGUUGAGGAUUUGGGCAGCGCUCCAGAGACUGUUGAGGGGCAGGAUGAGGCUGCUAGGGCAGCUUGUUCUGGAAUCUUCUCUAGCAGGACGCCUGUAGGAUCUGUCCUUCCUUGGCCCUGCUCAGAACCACCUGUCACUCUCCUUCCACCCACCCCAACCUGUCCUUGUCUACCUAUUCUGCCUCUCUCUCUCACUGUCUUCUACCUACCUGUCUCCAGUCUCCUUUUCAUCCUUUCAGUGAAUGAUCCAAAACUGCCAAAUGGAGAUAAUCUGUUCACUAUGCUCACCUCUUCUUUUUUUCAGCCUUCUUUCCCACCAGCAGACUCCCAUUUCCUUCUUACCCCUGUGUCUGCUGCUGUCUAAUCCAGUUCUGCCCAAUUCUCUCUGUCCUCAUACAACCAGCUACACCAAGACCUGCCUUUUGACUUUAAACACACACACUUAUUUGGGUCCCUCUGGGUUCUUCCUGUCUCUGUAUCCUUCCUCUACUCCAUUAUUUUCUCUGUGUUUCCCUUGCUUCCCUCAGGUUCUCCACAAGUGAGUUGAGCCUUCCUAAGGGAGCAUGGGUGGUUGUGAGGUGCUUCUCCCUGCCCCUCAUUCCUCCAAUGCAGGAGCAAACAUAACCUAACUUCUGAUUGGUCCAGGAUCUGGCAUGCUCAUCCAAUCAGCUCUUCUCAAUUCCAUGCUAGUAGCCAUGCUUGUGCUGCAAGCGUUGGCGAAGAGCGGCGGCCUAAAGGGCACUGAGCCUGUGGCUGAGGUCUUGCCUUUGCGUGGCAAGUUGUUCUUUAUCACUUCUCAUCUCCCAUCUGCAGUAUGGAGAUGAUAAUGUAGACCUACCUUACAGAGCUGGUGUAAAGAUUACUGAGAUGAUGCUCAUGAAGCACCCUCAGAAACUUCUGUUGUCAUUAAUGCAAGUGGUUAUGUUGAGGUGGAUGUAAUUUCAGGUUUCUGGGCUGCCACUACCCAAUGGUUUAAAGUCUCAAACUAUGGGACAGGACCUUCAGGGCGGGGUUGGGGGAGCAUAAAAAGGAGGCACACCUGGAACCACCAGCACAGAAUUCCAGGGGGAAACUGGAUCUUGAAACAGGUGGAAUCUUCCUCCCCAAGUCAUGAGUGGGUGAGAUGCCUUCUAGUGGAGAAUUCUCACUGAACCACACUGGAUUUGCCCUGUCAGCCCAUCCUGGUUUGGGAAAGGCCCCUGCUUUGACGUUUCCCCAAAUGUGUGUUUUGCGCCGUGUCAGAGACGUCAUGUUCAAAUCCCCCCUUCGCAGACUGUGUUGGAUUAGGACAGAUCUUUUGCAGGCCACAUUCAUGGGACUGCAUGCUCCACUGGUUGGCACUUCAAGGGAUCUGUGAAGUAAAGAGUAUGUUAAGAAACUGGAGGCAGAGAGAACUUACAAAGUUUGAGAAACCUUGCCCUAAAACACGUCCUUCCUCCUCUGCUGUGCUUUCCCUGCUAUUGAGAAACGAGUUACGCCCAUCAGCUGAAUAGUCUACUAUGGCCCAAUAAUAUUGGGAGGGAUGGCAGGGCAGGGAGAACAAUGCCCAGUUUGGGUUUUUUCCCCUCAUAUAGAGAACUAAUCUUCUAAACUUAGGGAAUUCUAGCUCCUGUUCUGUUCUUUCAAUUUCUACUUGUUACCCAGAGAAUAAUUUCAUUCCGCUGAGGAAAGAAGGCAGGAAUUUGAUGUACUCAAAAUCGAGGAUCGAUUUCCUACCUUUUAAGUUUCUGCUACGACUGGACUAACACUGGCUAAGCAAGUAGGGCCUUCUGGUCUGAGCACACUGGGAUUUUAACUGAGCACUGGACACUUGGAGAGGCUGGAAGAAGUGGCUUCGAAGGUACUUUGCAAACCCAUCGUAGGCUGGGCAAACCCAGUACUAGCUGCUCUUGAAGGGGGGUGGGUGGGGUGGGGGGAAGAGUUCUUGGUCUUAGCUACUCUGACAAGUAAAUGAGGCCAGAGACCAGACUUGAAGCUGGGCAUGACCACUGUUCAGCCUUCAAAAAAGAAUGAACACUGGCCUUCUGAAAGGACUGCUUUUCCAUUGAUGCUUGCACAGCAUUGACCUCUAAGCUGCCACAGAUACACACCAACUGGGGAGCGGGCCUGUUCUUUGUGAACUGAGUUGGCAAGAUUGUAGAUAUUGUAUUGUAAAACGUGCAGGGGGGGAGGUGGAGGGGUUGCAGUUUCCAAAAGCCAGCUGAUGGGUUGGGGGAAUUGUUGUGUUCUCUAUGAGUCCAUUCGGAGCUGUUAAACAAAAAGACGCCAUUCCCAGCAAAUCACCACAAUUAUACGCGGAGCUGUCGCUCACAGCAACGGGACGUGUGCACAGCCAAGCCAUCACAGUGAACGCUGUUAGAUGAGGUCCACACGGGCAACUCCUCCCAAAUAGCCGGUGCAGUUCGCUUUCAUAAUGCCAAUGCACUGCUUGUCUGAGGGCAGGGGAGAUAAAUUCUUUCCAACUAUUGUUUGGUUUCCUAAUCACAAAAACAACCCCAGCAGACUACAUUCAUAGAAUCAUAGGGCUGGAAGGGACCUCUAGGGUCAUCUAGUCCAACCCCUGCACAAUGCAGGAAAUUCACAAAUACCUUUCUCCCCCCCCCCCGCAUGCACACCCACAUCCUUACUCCAUGCCCAGAUGAUGGCAAAACACCAUCAGGAUCCCUAGCUGAACUGGCCUGCUGAAAGUUGCUAUCUGACCCAAGGCGGCAAUCGGCCUUACCCCAGGCAUGUGAGAAGGGGCCACGAAAUUGACUGAAGUUGAUCAGCAUCUUUCUGAAUGUAAUGUUUAUUAAAUGAUAGUUGUGGAAAGCAGAAUAUUAUUUUGAUGGGAGGGAAGAGGUGAGAUUCCUUUUAAAAAAUCUCAUUCUGAAAUAAUGUGUGGUUUCUGUGCACAUUUUCCCCACUUCAAUCAAGCCCUAAAUUAUUUUUUAAGUGGUAAAUAUAUACAUUGAACAUCAUCCGAAAGGUAUGAGGUGCAACACAAUCCUAGGUAUGUUUACUCAGAAAGAACUUCCUUUUAAGUUCCACGGGGCUUAUUCCCAAGGAAGGAAAUCUGGGAUUUAACAGCAUUCCGUUGCUUUCCAGAGGGACAGUUGUAAGCAACCUUUGGCUUGUGGGGACAAAUUUGGGGACUUUUCAAAGGGGUGAAAUGCCUCAUUUUAUGUAGAUGUAUAUUUCUAUUUGGAAAAAAAAUCAGCAGCCUUCUGUCUAUAAUUGCUUCUCUGUUUAAUGGCACCUCCUCCUCACUACCCCUGUCUUGAUUCCUUUCUGUGCGUGUGUCCCCCCAACCUGGGAUAUUUGUAGCUCUUUGUUUGUUUGUAUUUUGCAUCAAGAUGUGUACAUAUUUGAAGAGCAGAGAAAAUAGACAGAUUUUUUACACUAAUAUAUAGAUGCUAUCGGGUUUUUUUUUUUAGUCCUUUCCAUUUAUGUGGUCAAUAAAAGCGCUUUGCAUUUUGUACAGUA